ACGGGCACGGGGAGAGAGCAGACAAGGUGGCUGCUAGGGGAGCCUCAGUGCGAGAGUUGGGGUGAGCCUGCGGAGCUGAGGUGGCACCGCGGUCAGCGCAGAACCCGGAGGGCCGCCGGCGAGGCCGAGGGCUGGUUACGGAGGUGGCGGCCCCGAGGCUGGAGGGGAGCGGGAGGGAGCUCCGGGGCCGGGCUCGGGGGACGCAUCCCCCUGUAAAGCCCGCCGGGGCUGCCCGAAGGGCCGCGCCCGCGGCCGGACGGGCGCUCCCCGCCGCGCUGGGCAGGCUGCGGCAGGCAGGGAACCGGCAGCGCCGGGGCUGCGCCCCUCCGCGCCCCGCUCGCCCUGCCCCCGCGGGCCGGCCGGGGGUGGGCGGCAGGGUGUGCGGCGAGGGGGAUUAGCGGGACGCCGCGGCCCCGCCUUCCCUCCUCGCAUCCCGGGCGCGAUGAGAGCGGGAGAUGGACCCGAGCCGGCGGGAUUGGCACCAUGACAUUCGCCGGCUUCGUGGUGGCGCUGGUGAUAGGGGCGAUCCCCGGAGCCCGCGGGCCGGGCCAGGUCUCCGCCAGCCUCCCGGCCGCCCGCCCCCCGCAGCCCCCCGCCGGCUGCCCCGCCGGGGGCUUCCCCGCGGCCCAGCGCCCCUGGGCACCGGCGGCGCCCCCUCUGCCGCGCCGGGGGGCGGCGGGCCGGGCGCCGCGGGGCCGCCGCAGCUCCUGCGCCCUGCCCGGCGGCAGCGAGGGGCGGCCCGGCUGCGCCCCCGGGGCCGGCCGGAGCCCGGCGGAGCGCGGCCGCUCUGGCUGCGAGCGAGGGUCAGUGAGACUCCGGGGAGGCAAGAAUGAGUUUGAAGGUACAGUGGAGGUUUAUUGGAAUGGAAUCUGGGGAACAAUCUGUGGGAGCCAUUGGGACAAUAAUGAUGCGACGGUUGUAUGUCGGCAGCUUGCACUUGGGGAAAAAGGUACAGCAAAACAAAUACCCUUUUCUGGAUUAGGCCUUAUUCCUGUUUUCUGGAGUGAAGUGCGUUGUCGUGGCGAUGAAGAAAAUAUACUGUUAUGUGAAAAAGACACCUGGCAAGAUGGGACAUGUCCUCAAAAAAUGGCAGCUGCUGUCACAUGUAGCUCCUCCCUGGGCCCUGUCUUCACUCCGAUCCGGCUGGCUGGUGGGAGCAGUGCCCACGAAGGAAGAGUGGAAGUCUACCACGGUGGCCAGUGGGGCACGGUCUGUGAUGACCAGUGGGAUGACGCAGAUGCUGAAGUUGUCUGUCGGCAGCUUGGCCUUGGGGGUGUUGCCAAGGCGUGGAGCCAGGCUUACUUUGGAGAAGGCUCUGGCCCCGUGCUGCUGGAUGAAGUGCGGUGCACGGGAAAUGAACUCUCGAUCGAGCAGUGCCCGAAAAGCUCCUGGCGAGAACACAACUGUGGCCACAGAGAAGAUGCUGGCGUUUCCUGCACCCCUCUCACAGACGGCGCGCUGCGGCUCGCGGGCGGCAGGGGCAGCCACGAGGGCCGCCUGGAGGUCUAUCACAGCGGGCAGUGGGGCACGGUCUGCGACGACGGCUGGAGCGAGCUCAACACGCAGGUGGUUUGCUGGCAGCUGGGAUUCAAGUCCGGGAAAAGCGCAGGUAUGGAAAAAGAGAGCUACUCCGAAGGAAGGCCUGGGCCCAUCUGGCUGGAUGAUGUGAUCUGCUCCGGGAAGGAGACAAACCUCCUGCAGUGCUCCCGCAGGGACUGGGGGAAGCACGACUGCAACCACCAGGAGGAUGUCAGACUCAUCUGCUACCCAGAAAACGACAGCCACAGGCGCUCACUUGGUCCUCCCAUCAGGCUGAUGGAUGGUGAGAAUAAGAAGGAAGGACGUGUGGAGAUUUUUAUCAAUGGCCACUGGGGCACAAUUUGUGAUGAUGGAUGGUCUGAUAAGGACGCAGCUGUAGUCUGCCGACAGCUUGGCUACAAAGGUCCAGCCAGGGCAAGGACAAUGGCGUAUUUUGGCGAGGGCAAAGGCCCGAUCCACGUGGAUAACGUGAAGUGCACAGGAAAUGAGAGAUCCUUGGCAGACUGCAUUAAGCAGGACAUUGGGACGCACAACUGCCGGCACAGCGAGGACGCGGGGGUCAUCUGCGACCACCUGGGCAGGAAGGUCCCUGCCAACAGCAAUAAAGAUUCUCUUGCUUCUGUUUGUGGGCUGAGGUUACUCCAUCGUCGACAAAAGCGAAUAAUUGGUGGGAAAAAUUCCUUACGGGGCGGCUGGCCGUGGCAGGUGGCGCUGCGCCUCAAAUCCUCUCACGGUGACGGGAGACUCCUGUGUGGCGCUACUCUCAUCAGCAGCUGCUGGGUCCUCACUGCUGCACACUGCUUUAAAAGGUAUGGCAACAACACUCGCAACUACGUAGUGCGGGUUGGAGACUAUCACACGCUGGUGCUGGAGGAGUACGAGGAGGAGAUCGGAGUCCAGGAGAUUGUGGUGCACAGGGAGUACAGGCCGGACAGCAGCGACUACGACAUCGCCUUGGUGAGGCUGCAGGGGCCCGAGGAACAGUGUGCAAGGUUCAGCACCCACGUCCUACCUGCCUGCUUGCCACUGAGGAGGGAGCGACCACAGAAAACUGCUCCCAAUUGCUUCAUCACUGGAUGGGGUGACACAGGACGGGCUUAUUCAAGAACAUUACAACAGGCUGCCAUCCCCUUACUUCCCAAGAGGGUGUGUGAAGAGCGCUACAAAAGGAGAUUCACAGGAAGAAUGCUCUGUGCUGGGAACAUGCAGGAACAGAAACGUGUCGACAGCUGUCAAGGAGACAGCGGUGGACCACUGAUGUGUGAACGCCCAGGGGAAAGCUGGGUCGUGUACGGUGUGACCUCCUGGGGCUACGGCUGCGGGGUCAAAGAUUCCCCAGGUGUCUACACAAAAGUAUCAUCUUUUGUACCCUGGAUUAAAAGUGUGACCAAACUAUGAAUGCCCAUAAUGAAAACCAAAUUUUGAGGCAGGAGAACUCAAACAGCACAUGCAGUGCACAGCUGGGGCCCACAGUGGGUGGAAACAGACAUUUUCCUGAUCCAUGUCUUUUUGUUUUCAUCAAAUCCAAGCUGUAUAGACACAACCCUGCCAGUUAGGGAGUACUGUCCUCCCUGUUCUAGAAGUUGAAAUAUUGCAUGAACAAGUGACCAUGUAUCUAAGGGGAAAAGUGAUAGCCAGCUAGAGUAACACUGGAGCACGACAGCUGGAGACUUGACCCACAAGACUGUAGCUCUGAGCUAUUUACGCUCCAAGCUUCUCUAGAAUUAAUUGCAGAUCUCAAUUAGUCUUCAGUCUAGUUUAUUUGGUCUAUUAUUCCAUUCCUAUGAUUUUGCACUCAGGCCCCUAAAUCUGACUCAUGUUUCCGGAGCUUAUGUGAGACCAUUAGUAGCCUGAUUCUUGCUAAGUAAUUCUGAGUAUGUAUUCAAUGCAGGAAGGAACACAAUGGUCAAUAAUCACAUCCCCAGCUAGUCUGCUAAAUGUCCUCCCAGGUUAGUGUGCCUACAGUACAUUCCCAAGUAAAACUGCCACUACACUGACAAUUCCCCCACAAACAUCCCGCACAGCUGCAAGAGCAACCAUGUAUUUACUGAAGCAGCAUUUGGUGUAUUUCUGAAAUUUGCAAUUUUGAGUAUAUACAGCAUUUUGGAGAGGAUUCACUUUUUCUAUUUACCACUAGUUGUCAGUACAGUGUCGGACUAACAGACAUCCCUAUCCUUUCAUUGCUGGGCUUUCCUCAAGUAGUGCGAAAAACCUUGGUCAAUCUUACCAGACAGUUACACACAUACACUGGAGUCAAAGCUUGUCUGAAAAGGUCUAUAAAGUAACUCUUAAACUGUGUUUACUAUGAAGUAAUGUUUAGACAAGUCUCUCCUUAGUUGCAACACUGAUUCAUACUGAUCUCACAAGGAAAGCUUAGUGACUUCUAAAGAACUGACAUCAUGAUUUAAUUUCUUUUCCACACUAUGAAACCCCUAACACCUUUUUAUAAAAAUGCAGUGAUAACCAACUCACUGUCCUUUGAGAAAGGGCCACCACACCGAAACUAGAACACAGGAGGUAUCCCCCCCCCUUAGCACAAUGUGGAAAGGCGUCAGUGUGGAAACCGCCCGGGAACUGGCGGCAGCCCCGCACUACAGUCCCUGUGCAGGGCCACGUGAGGCCAAGCCUGCUUUCUGUACCACCCUAACAGCCGGGCUCGCACAGCACAGCUGAAAGCUGUGCACCACCCAGCACGCCAGUGUGGCAAGUGUGGCAGACGAGUGUCACCACAUAGCGACUGUGCACACUGUCAGCACCAGUGACUGUUUCCCUGUCUCCAGCUCCCCAAACAGGCUAUGACUGUGUUGUGCGGUGUUUUGUGAAAAAGUGGGGUGCUUGCAUUCAUGCUGUACGUGGCCAGUCAUUCAUUUUUGUAUGGUUGUGUGUCUCCCUGGUGUUAGAAAUAUUCAAGACAACUCAUUUGCAUACGAUGUGGCAAUGAUAUUUCAGAAGCCCAAGUGAUUGAACAUUUGGCCCUUAGUAUCUCCAACUUAAAAUUUUAACUAUUCAACGGUCAGGACUAAUUAUUGUAACUGGUGCUAAACUAGUACAUAAGGUGCUUUAAUAUAUUUUAGUUCUCUGUAAUUCCACACUAUGUUAAAUAGCAUGGACUAUUUUAAAACAUCAUAAAUCACUGUACUGUGAUCACCUACUGUUAGACCAAUGUGAAACAUUGUGGUAGUGAACUUUGAAACCAUUACAUUUUUACUUCUAUACAGCCCUUAAUUACAGGGCUAUAUACAUACAGUCAGUCAAAAUAUAUCUGCAUGUAACAUCCCAGCUUUGCUGUACAAGACCCAUUGAGACUGUGGUGAAGUAGGCUAUGCAGUGCAAUAUAUGCAUUAUAUGCAGGGGAAAUAAUAAUCUGUGGCAAUAGCUGUGCCACAGAACAGGAUACUCUGAGGGGAUGCAGGAACUACGCCUGCAUACCAAGUGCAGUAAACGUUUAGAUUUAGUACAGUACUUUGUUGGUUUUGCUCUUUAAAUAGAAUGCUUUAUUAGAUUUUAAAAUGUUGCACUACUGUUUCCCUGCUGAGCAUGCCCUUUCAGUUUCUAACAUAAAAUGGUCUCCAUCUCAUGUCAUUCUGUUUUGUUCAGUGAGCCUGAUGGUGUACACGUAUGCAAUAAAAACUGCCACACUGA